AUGAAUAAUAAAACGAUGGAUGAGUUGAACACGCAAAGGAGUCGCGAAAAUGAGUGCAAAACUCGUGAACCAAAUGAAGUGAUAUCUAAGACAUUGCCCACAGAAGUGAUUAAAACGGAAAAUUGUGGCAAAAGCCUGAAUAACGAGUCAAACGAUAACAUUGAACCGAUCGACGAAGACAUGAAAAGCAACAAAAGUGAUGACAAAAACUCAAAUGAAAGUCAAAACAAUGCAUUAGUUUCUGAUAAUCUGAACGAAGAGCCCAUCGAUGAAGACGUGAAUGCAUUGAAUACUAAUGACACGAAUUGCACACCAAAUGCAACACAAUCUCAACACAAGAACUCAAAUAACUUUAAAAUAUUGAGACAAAAGACGAUUGAAAACAUGAAAAGCAAGAAAUUAAGCCAAAACUCGACGCCUAAUGUUAUGCCAAACGAUAACUCAAUGAGCUUUCGGUGCAACGAAUGCCAGCAAAUGUUUAUCACUAUAUUUGAUCUCGAGUUACACGUGAAUAGUGUCCACAAAGCGGUUCCCACGCAUGUGUGCACCGAUUGUCAGCAACGCUUCCACACAUCGGACCAGUUGUCGACUCAUAUAUCCGAUGAGCACUCCAUUGAUUUGACUGAAGACUACUUCUCGUGCGUUGUCUGCGGCUAUCAAACCACUUGUAACGAGUCGUUGACCACUCAUAUGAACAAUCAUACGUCAAUCACCACAUCCCACGCCCACCAAAGCAAUACUAAGCGCUACAAGACUACCACUUCAACUGAUCCACUGUCAGUC